AUGAUGGACAUAGAGUCUCCCAACUAUAUGCGAAAUCCUACUCCCCUCCAAAGCCAGCAAACACCCAGAACAAUGGUCAUUGAAGCACAAUCACCUCCUCUUCCUGCGAGACCUCUGACCAUAGAACCUCCUCGGUCAUUGUCUAUGGACACUCCAAGCAGUAGACAGCUUUCUGUAGAUCCUCCACUAACCCCACAAUCCCUCACUGCCACAGCACGGCCAGUUACACUUGAAUCUCAGACACAGCCGAUCAUCAUGAGACCAAUGCCACUUGCACAGACCCCUUCGCCACCUGCACCUACAGGAUCACCUGUCUCAGAGCCCCUUAAUCUCCAUGACCCCAGGCCAAUCACACCUGAGGCUUCACCUCCAGACAACUCUUCUAGUCAUUGUGUACCUGAUGAUAUAACCAUGGGUUCACCUCAUGAGUUAUCACAUGAGUUAGCCCAUGAGUUAUCCCAUGAGUUAACCCAUGAACUACCCCAUGAUUUACCCCAUGAAUUACCCCAACAACCACUGCAGCAGCAACUGCCACUGCCACCAUCUAGCGAUAAUAAUGGUCAUCCAAGUUCCAUUUGCACCCCACCAGUUCCUGAAACACCAUCUUCAGACCAACCACCUGACCAACAUCCGAUUGAGAAUGGUUCAUCGUCCCUUUCGGUUCCAAGUCCGAGCUCUGCUGAUGAUGACAUAGAGAUGAAGAACAGUCCCAGUAUCCUGUUACAGUCUGCUGACAAACAUAAAUCACGACGGAAACGUUCCUUAGAAGAUAUCAUCAGUAAAAUCCGAGACAGUAGCUAUCCUGGCAAGGAGAACGAAGACCUCCUGCAUCAUGUUAAAGAGGGUCGCUUUUUUGCUGAAGAAGGGGAGGAGCUGAUGCAACAUAUCAAGGAAAAUAGCAGUCUGAGCAGUGAAGAAAGUGAAGAAGAUCCUGUGAAUGAAUCCUUAACUAUUGAUAUGAAGACUGUUGAAGAAGAAGAUAACAAAUCUUUGGCCGAUGACAGCAGACAAAUGAUUCCUAUGUCCACAUGCUUUCCAGAAAAGAAGGAUCAUGAGUUACACCCCCCUCUCAACAUUCCAGAGCAUGCAAAAAUCACUCACAAUGCAAUUGAUCUCUUGGCUUCCAAUAGUGGUGAUACUGCUUUUCCACACCCUGCUUUGAUGCCUUCAAAGUUGAAUGGGUGGUUACACUCCCCUUUCAAUGGUCUUGGUCCGCUUCCCUUUCCAACUCAUCCUAUGGACCGCAAUUUGGCAGCUCGAUACCUUCCAGUCUUUGCUAACAAAUUUAGCAGUCCAACUGAAGGAGAGAAGGACUACCUUAAAUGUCAGUACUGUGAGAGAACAUUCCGUCGACAAAAGAACUUAGAAAAUCACAUUGAAAAUACCCAUCAUGGGAAAGGACCAAAUAACACCAAACGAAAGUCGGGAGACUCUGUGCAAGGGGAUAUGUACUUUAAAUGCACACAUUGUCCUUACACAACCAAACAUCAAAGCAAUCUUUAUGUCCAUCUGCGGAUUCACACGGGUGAACGUCCCUAUAUUUGUGGUGCUUGUGGAGUACAGUAUAGCCAAAGCCAUAGCCUGAAGAGUCACAUAACCAAUAAACAUGAGGGCAGAAUGGGUUACUACAUCAAAGAAAAACGACACCGGGCACACAGGGGAGUAGGUUACAUGACCGCUUCAGUCCCAGGUACUGAUUUGGCCAUGUUUAAACUGCCACCACCCACAUCCGUUCUGAACCAAAGCUUAACUGCUGGUCUUGACUUAUCUAACAAGUUCACUGAGCCUUUAAAGGCUUCUUUCCUUGACAACACUCUGAAUCAAUUGAAAUCUAGUCCACAGCAACAUCACCUUCUCAACGGCCACUCUUCGCCCCACUGUGCUGAUCUCCUACAAAAUCCUUGCCCACCUACGGGCCCAGGCUUUCCCCCUGCACAUCAUCACGGAACUCUUCAAUACCAAGCAUCAAGAGGAACUGUCAAGAUGGAGCCGUUGGAUAAUGGCUCCAACCAGGCCAUGGAUCUUAGCAUACGGUCAUCACGUAAUGGCCACGGUCCUACAAAUGGUCACAGCCAGCAGUGUUCUGACGUGAAUGGUCUAGAUGACUGCAAGCAUGCUGAGAAGUUGAAGACACUGCGCGGCAACGUGGUCCGUAUGCUUGCUAUUCUAGUUCCGAACUUGGAUUUUGAAGAGAAGGGGAUAAGUGCAGAGGGUGAUUCCGUGGACGAGCUUCUCCAGGAUGUUAUUGAAAGCAAUUCACCUGAAGAUGACGCUGCAGAAUAG